CGAAACCGCUGUCUGUUUUUCGAGCGGGACUUUGGUUUGUGAAACCUUGAAAAAAACCCAAAAAGUUUUGCAACGCCAACAUCCAGCUCGGUUCCUCCAGUAUGGACAUCCAAACCGAGUCAGAUCCACCACCAACUAUAACAUGUUUAAAAAAUUUUGAUGCCCUGCUGCGAUGUCCUAUUUGUUUUGACUUUCUCAAUAUUUCAAUGAUGACCAAAUGCUCUCACAAUUUCUGCUCCUUGUGCAUCAGAAAAUUCUUUUCCUAUAAGCUGCAGUGCCCAGUUUGCAAUGUGCAAGCGACAGAACAAGAUCUGCGAAACAACCGCUUACUGGAUGACUUGGUAGUGAGCUUUCGUGCUGCAAGACAACAAUUGUCAAAAACUCAUUUUGAAUCCCCGCCGAUAUCCCCAAAGAACCCAGGCUCGGCGAAAUGCAAAGCUCCCAGAGACAAAGGCCAGAAGUGCAGCAGCUCUGUAGCGAGUCACUUUUUCCAGAAGAGGCCCAGAACGUCACCCGCAAAAGAAAACCAGACAGACGGUUCACUCGCGGUUCAGAGGAGUACACGCACACACAAUGCAAACAAUACCGAUGCGCACUCGGUGACAGUGAAGGAAGAGGCCAUGGAAGUGGAGGAAGCAUCCAUCCGAGGAGUGGUGUCAGUCAAAUGGGAGGACACGGCGUUGCACAGCAUCAGCACCGAGGAAGAGAGGCCGCAUUCUUCUUCAUCAACGUCCAACGAUGACAAGCCUGGAAUCAAAGUGAAGUGCCCCGUGUGCUCUGUAGGCGUGUCUCAGCAGUUCAUCAACAAACAUUUGGACAUGUGUCUCACAAGCGGAGAGAAGAAGGAAAGCUUGAGGAGCUCCUUCGGCAAAUCGAGGCGCCCAAUGGGCAAGCUGGUGUACAAUCUGAUGUCUGUGCUGGAGCUGAAGCGGCGGCUCAAGGAAUGCCACCUCUCGGUGCAUGGUUCCCGAGAUCAGCUGAUCAAAAGGCACAAGGAGUUUGUGCACGUCUAUAAUGCCCAGUGUGACUCCCUCAACCCAAAAUCAGCAAAAGACAUCGCCAAAGAGGUGGAAGCCAACGAGAGGAUCAAAAAUCAGCUGCAGAAUAAAAGCAAACCUGUUAUGGUUUUCUCCAAGAAUCACUCUGAGGAGGAGAUUGAUGAGGUGCAUUCAAAGUAUCGACAGCAGCACAGCAGCGACUUCUCCCGCUUGGUUGCCCAGGUUCGCGGUCGCCUGGAUACCACAAGGCAAACUCGGAUAAAAGAGAAAGUCACUGCAGGUGGAGAGGACGUCGAGCAAACACCUUCGGCGGAUCAAGUUGAAGACUCGAGGAACUGCACUGAUAUCAGCGUUGAAGAAAUGAUGGAGGAGAAGGAGCCAUCGGCGAGACGCUAUGUUUUGUCAAACAGCCCCACUUACAGUGAUGUAUCGGUCAGCAGUUCCAUUUCAGACAUCUUUGCACCAGACCCUUCCAGAAAUAAUGUCACAGAGAAGCCGUCCGUCACAAAGCAGGCGACUUGCCCCAGGAAAUCCAUCACUGCCUCAUCGCCCGCUGUGGGGGAACGUCGCCGUAAAACCCGACUGACUGAGGAUCGCACACGUGCCAGACAGGACUUAACUUGAAUGCGAAGAGGACCUUUGUUUGCAUGUUGUGUUUUAACCUAAUGUGUUGCCUUGCUGUGUCCCUCCUUUUCGUUACUGUUCAUACAGUAGCUCACAAAAGUGAGUACAGUAUGGUGUUGCGUACCAACAAGGAAGUCAGACACCCUAUCUACAUAGACUCGCUCCGCCCCCUCCAAACCCUCCUGCUAGUUUGACGUUGACGUCUCCUCCCGAGUUCGCAUCAACAUUUGCAAUAUAGCAUCUGCAAUUCAUCUCCAGAACCCUUCCAGGACCAAUGGUAUUUUGCUCGUGCUGUGCCGUACAUGUCUUCGUGACCGUUGUACGGCACAGUGCGAGCUGAAGCUUUAAAAAUUAAAAAACUUGCCACAAAAGUUUUUCAAGUUACAUACAUACUGUAUACUGUACUGUCUACAUACUGUGUUUACUACAGGAUAUCUUUUCAAGGGACAUAUACUUUAGAGUAGUCAGUGUACAGCUUGUAUAGCAGUACAGAUUGAAUUUCAUCUACUGAAAAUGAGUCAACACUUUACCAUUAUUAACCAUUUGUGUCCUGCCUACAGUCAAGCGCGAUGGCGGUCGUGUCAUGAUGCGGGGCUGCACAAGUGCUGUCGGCCGUGGGGAGCCGCGGUUCAUUGAGGGAAAACUAAGGCCCGCACGUAAUAUUCACACCAUUUGGGCAUGUUCACUGUGAGGUGUGCUCACUUGUGUUGCCAGCUAUUUACACGAUAAUGGCUGUGUUUUCCUUAUUUUUAGUGGAUAUACGUUGGUGUGAUUUUUUUUUUUGCAUGUUUGUCACACUUAAAUGUUUCAGAUCAUCAAACAAAUUUAAAUAUUAGUCAAUGAAAACACAACUGAACACAAAAUUCAGUUUUUAAAUGAAACUUUUUAUUAUUAAGGGAGAAAUGUUUUACAUUUUUCUGGCAAAAUUGAGAUGAGCCUUUAUGUUCUUUUUGUUCAGCAGUGGUUUUGGUCUUGGAACUCUGCCAUGCAGGCUGUUUUUGCCCAGUGUCUUUCUUACGGUGGAGUCAUGAACUCUGACCUUAACUGAAGCAAGUGAGACCUGCAGUUCUUUGGAUGCUGUUGUGGGGUCUUUUGUGACCUCUUGGAUGAGUCGUCGCUGCGCUCUUGGGGUCAUUUUGAUUGGCCGGCCACUCCUUGGAAGGUUCACCACUGUUCCAUGUUUUCUCCAUAUGUGGAUAAUGGCUCUCACUGUGGUUUGCUGGAGUCCCAAAGUUUUAGAAAUGGCUUUAUAACCUUUUCCACACUGAUAGAUCUAAAUUAAUCUCAGUUAAGUUACAUUUUAACAAGAAGGGCAAUCACUUUUUCACACAGGGCAAAGUCGGUUUUAACUUUUUUCUCCCUUAAUGAUAGUUUCAUUUAAAAACUGCAUUUUGAGUUCAGUUGUGUUGUCAUUGACUAAUAUUUACAUUUGAUGAUCUGAAACAUUUAAGUGUGAUAAAUAUGCAAAAAAAUAAGAAAUCAGGAAGGAGGCAAACACAUUUUUCACACCACUGUAUACUGCAACCCACACUGUAUUCUGACUACUCUAAAGUGUAUCCAAGUUUCAUUGCUACGGGAUUGUUCCUUGAGAAGAUGUAAUACAAUGUCUGCUUUUUUUUUUACAUUGAAUUUAAAUUUCAGCAUCUCGAGCUGUGUGAAUGUUGCAGGUUUAUUUGUGUUAAAGAAGACGCAUGCAUGUAUCGAUAAAAUGUGGUCGUGAUUAAUUGCAGUGGUUUUCGGGAUUUUCUGCGGCAUGUGCAGCAACCCGAAACUUCAGGACUUGGGGGUAGUCAUUGAAUGUAACAGGACUCUUUGAUCUGCUUCUUUCUGCAAAUGAAUUUGAAUGUCACUCGUGUUUGCGUUGACUAACAUGAGACGAGUCGCUCACAAAGCGGAUAAAGUCAUUGAAAUGCGGUGGAUUUGAUGACUUUUAAUUCAAUCAACGCAAUGCUGAUGGAAACGUGGGGUCAAAGCAAGCGUGAGCGAGAACUUAAUCUUGAUGGAAAACAGAGUCGGCCUGGAGCCCGGACAAAAGGCGGCGCUCCAGACGCGCUUAUCUCUCCCAUCAGACCCAGAAGAGACACUUUGACGGACAAAUGCUGGACUCGCACCUACGCCGCUCAUUACACCUCCUCCUCUGAUCCCGUCCCCCCUUUGACUUCUCCUUCUGUUUACCUUCCUUCCAAUUAGCGCGGCUCUUUUUCCUGCUUGGAACAGCACAGUCCCGACUGCCUUCUGGUCCCUGACCUCAUUUCAGAGACAGAAAAAUUCCAUGCACACACACGGUCUCCAGGAAUGACCUGGAGAGACUGAAAGCUUUAAUUGGAACCAUGGCCACUGCAUUGUCAUGUGUGGACAUGCUGAAAAAACACUUGUCAUCUUUGGAACUAUCUGUCGUGUCUCUCCGAGGACUGUGUUGUUGUGUCAGCAGAGACACGCGCCACACAUCAUCCACCACAUAACACCUUGGAAAAGACAGACAUUUGAGACGAGGCUUGGUUGUGAAGGCUGAACGCUAAAAAGAAAAUCAAGUUUGAAAAGAUGUGAUGUGUCUAACAUAGUAACCUUAGAAAUGAUCACACGAGGUCCUCGUUUGUUUGUGGAAGCGAACCGUGGCCAGACGUUUUCCCUCCAGCGAGGCCACAUUAUGAAAAAUGAAAGGAUCCAACUCUGCCGCUUGGGUAUUUUGUAAAGCAACACAUAGGCAGUAACAUGCAGAUAUGCUAAGAAGUGAUACAUUAGGUGAAAAAACGCCUAUUAGUGUGACCUUUGCACUUUUUAUUCCUACUUUUGAUGAUUUUAAAAUGUUGAAAUAAAAAUGUAUUUUGUUUUGUAAUAUAAUGACUUUACCCUACCUUUUUUGUAAACAGGGUUUAUUUCGUUUUAUUUCUAUAAUAGUACAAAUGUAAAAACAAAAAGUGUUUCAUAUUUCAGCUCUAUGCCACUAAAAUGUUUUUCCUGAUAUGACUUUAUUCUUGUAAAAUUUACAUUUUUAAUUUCCAUUAGAAGGCAACUUUUUUCCUCUUCAUAUUUUGACUUUAUAGUCAUAAAGUGACAGCUGUUUUUCCA